AUGUCGAGAGGCGAAGAUGGACCGCCGAUCGGGCCAUUGGCGCCCACGCAAGCAGAGAUCCAGCUGAAGGCCCUUCUACAUCGUCAGCUGGAUACGUCUCUGCAUGGGGUGGAGGACGCGUUCUUGAGGAGGCGGGUGGACUUUGCAGGCACGACGAACACCCUGGUGGACUCGAUGGCCGCGGCGUCAGGCGUGCGCACGAGGCGUGAGUUUGCAGACAUCGAGGCCACCCACCAGCGACUGCAGGAGCUGCGCGACCUCGGCCUGCGCACCGAGCAGAUCUGCCAGCGACUCGAACAGGAAGGCUACUCGCUCACCGAAGACCUGCAGCGCAAGCGCAAGAAACGCAAGCUGGUCCACCCCGACCACCUAAAGACGGAAUCGGAGGACGUCGAACGGUGCCUGCGCGAGCGCGCCGCCGCCGCGGCACGCAAUGUGACCAGUGCGCCCAGGGACCUGCCGCAGCUGAGUCGCCACGAGCGCGAGAUCGAGCGCACGCUUCUUCACGGCAAGCGCGCAGACUCGCUCGGCAGGUGGCUCGUCAGCGUAUCCCUGGUCGUGCGGAAGAAGACCAAGCGCAACAGCUCACGGCAGGCCAUCGCCCCAACCAGCGACGAUGAUGCAAUCAAAUACGAGAGUGAACACGAGGAAGAACGACUGCCAGCACCACGCGAAGAAGGACCGAGUAAAAAGAAGAAGCGGCGAAAGAUUGCAACGACGUCGACGGAGACGUUCAAUUCCAGCCGGGGCCUGGGCGACAAAGACGAAGAGGGUGGCGCGGCCGCCAAGCAAGCGAUCGUUCCCUUCGACCGAUCGUUCAUCGAAGCCCACCGCCUGGCCCUGAGCGAGAUUCGCCAAUUGCCCCGAUUCGCCGCCUACGAAGCUGGAUCUCCUUCCAGGACCCUGUACAUCAAGAACCUGGCCGAGACGACCACCAAGGAGGACCUGGUUCGCAUCUUUCUCAGCUUUCAGAAGCCCGCCGAGGAGCUGCGCCAAGACCGAGACUAUCUCGAGUUCAGGCUCUUGCAGGGCCGGAUGCGCGGGCAGGCCUUCGUCACGUUCCCCAGCGUCGAGGACGCUGUUGCCGCGCUGGCCGCGGUGAAUGGGUUCGUGUUCAAGGAGGGCAAGCCGCUCAUCAUCCACUACGGCAAGGGAGAGAACAAGAGAGGUAACGACCAAAGUGGCGGAGACCACAGCGAGGAAUGA